AGGGAGCGGCACUGAAAUACUUGCCCACGAUCGUCAACGAUGUGAAAUUGGUGUUUGAUCCCAAAGAGCUCAGCAAAAUGUUUACUGAUUUCAUCCUCAAUGUUCCCAUGGGUUUGUUGACCAUACAGAAGCUCUAUUGCUUGAUCGAAAUCGUUCACAGUGACCUCUUCACACAGCAUGACUGCAGAGAGAUCCUGCUUCCCAUGAUGACCGAUCAACUCAAGUACCAUCUAGAGAGACAGGAGGAUCUGGAGGCCUGCUGCCAGCUGCUUAGCAAUAUCCUGGAGGUGCUGUACAGGAAGGAUGUGGGGCCGACGCAGAGGCACGUUCAGAUCAUCAUGGAGAAGCUUCUCCGGACAGUGAACCGAACCGUCAUCUCCAUGGGGCGGGAUUCCGAACUCAUUGGAAACUUUGUGGCUUGCAUGACAGCUAUUUUGCGACAAAUGGAAGAUUAUCAUUAUGCCCACUUGAUCAAGACUUUUGGGAAGAUGAGGACCGAUGUAGUGGAUUUUCUAAUGGAAACAUUCAUCAUGUUUAAGAACCUCAUCGGGAAGAACGUCUACCCUUUCGACUGGGUGAUAAUGAACAUGAUGCAGAAUAAAGUCUUCCUGAGAGCAAUUAAUCAGUAUGCAGAUAUGCUGAACAAAAAAUUUCUGGAUCAAGCCAACUUUGAGCUACAGCUGUGGAACAACUACUUUCACCUGGCUGUGGCUUUCCUUACCCAAGAGUCCUUGCAACUGGAGAAUUUUUCAAGUGCUAAGAGAGCCAAAAUCCUUAACAAGUAUGGAGAUAUGAGGAGACAGAUUGGCUUUGAAAUCAGAGACAUGUGGUACAACCUUGGUCAACACAAGAUAAAGUUCAUUCCAGAGAUGGUGGGCCCAAUCUUAGAAAUGACACUAAUCCCUGAGACCGAACUACGCAAAGCCACCAUUCCCAUCUUCUUUGAUAUGAUGCAGUGUGAAUUCCAUUCCACCCGAAGCUUCCAAAUGUUUGAAAAUGAGAUCAUCACCAAGCUGGAUCAUGAAGUAGAAGGCGGCAGAGGAGACGAACAGUACAAAGUGUUAUUUGAUAAAAUCCUCUUGGAGCACUGCAGGAAGCAUAAAUACCUCGCCAAAACGGGAGAAACUUUUGUCAAACUCGUUGUACGUCUAAUGGAAAGGCUCUUGGAUUAUAGAACCAUCAUGCAUGAUGAGAACAAGGAAAAUCGCAUGAGCUGCACUGUCAACGUGCUGAAUUUCUACAAAGAAAUUGAAAGAGAAGAAAUGUAUAUAAGGUAUUUGUACAAGCUCUGUGACCUGCACAAAGAGUGUGACAACUACACAGAAGCUGCUUAUACCUUGCUUCUCCAUGCAAAACUUCUUAAGUGGUCCGAGGAUGUGUGCGCAGCCCACCUCACCCAGCGGGACGGGUACCAGGCGACGACACAGGGACAGUUGAAAGAGCAGCUCUAUCAGGAAAUCAUCCACUACUUCGACAAAGGCAAGAUGUGGGAGGAAGCCAUUGCCUUGGGCAAGGAGCUAGCUGAGCAGUAUGAAAACGAAAUGUUUGAUUAUGAGCAACUCAGCGAAUUGCUGAAAAAACAGGCUCAAUUUUACGAAAACAUCGUCAAAGUGAUAAGACCCAAGCCUGACUAUUUUGCUGUUGGCUACUAUGGACAAGGACUCCCCACGUUCCUCCGGGGAAAAGUUUUCAUUUACCGAGGGAAAGAGUAUGAGCGCCGCGAAGAUUUUGAAGCUCGGCUACUGACUCAGUUUCCAAAUGCUGAGAAAAUGAAGACAACAUCUCCGCCAGGCGACGAUAUUAAAAACUCUCCCGGACAGUACAUUCAGUGCUUCACAGUGAAGCCCAAACUUGAUUUGCCCCCUAAAUUUCACAGGCCAGUGUCGGAGCAGAUUGUAAGUUUUUACAGGGUGAACGAGGUCCAGCGAUUUGAAUAUUCUCGGCCAAUCCGGAAGGGAGAGAAAAACCCAGACAAUGAAUUUGCGAAUAUGUGGAUUGAGAGAACCAUAUAUACAACUGCGUAUAAACUACCCGGAAUUUUAAGAUGGUUUGAGGUCAAAUCUGUUUUCAUGGUGGAGAUCAGCCCUCUGGAGAAUGCCAUCGAGACCAUGCAGCUGACAAAUGACAAGAUCAACAGCAUGGUGCAGCAGCACCUGGACGACCCCAGCCUCCCCAUCAACCCGCUCUCCAUGCUGCUGAAUGGCAUUGUGGACCCCGCCGUCAUGGGGGGCUUUGCAAACUACGAAAAGGCCUUCUUUACAGAACGCUACCUGCAGGAGCAUCCGGAGGCUCAUGAAAAGAUUGAGAAGCUCAAGGACCUGAUUGCCUGGCAGAUUCCAUUUUUGGCCGAGGGGAUCAGAAUUCAUGGAGACAAAGUCACGGAAGCACUGAGGCCGUUUCAUGAGAGGAUGGAAGCUUGUUUCAAACAGCUGAAAGAAAAAGUGGAAAAGCAGUAUGGUGUCCGAAUCAUGCCCUCAAGUCUGGACGACAGAAGAGGUAGCCGCCCCCGAUCCAUGGUGCGAUCCUUCACAAUGCCUUCCUCCUCCCGGCCUCUGUCAGUGGCUUCCGUCUCUUCCCUCUCAUCUGACAGCACCCCUUCCCGGCCAGGCUCCGAUGGGUUUGCUCUGGAGCCUCUCCUGCCGAAGAAAAUGCACUCCAGGUCACAGGACAAGCUGGACAAGGAUGACCCGGAUAAGGAGAAGAAGGACAAGAAGAAGGAGAAGAGGAACAGCAAGUAUCAAGAGAUAGUCGAUAAAGAAUUUAAACCCACUGACAUUCCCCUGCAGCAGUCUGAGGCAGUGAUCCUUUCAGAAACGAUAAGCCCCCUGCGGCCCCAGAGACCGAAGAGCCAGGUGAUCAACGUCAUCGGGAGUGAAAGGCGCUUCUCAGUGUCUCCAUUGUCACCCUCCUCCCAGCAAACUCCCCCUCCGGUCACACCAAGAGCCAAGCUCAGCUUUGGUUUGCAGUCCAGCUUGGAGCUGAACGGCAUGACUGGGGUGGAAGUGGCCGACAUCCCACCCCCUCUGCCUCUCAAAGGCAGCAUGGCGGAUUACGGGAAUUUGAUGGAAAACCAGGACUUGACGGGCUCGCCAACACCUCCUCCCCCUCCUCCACACCAGAGGCAUCUGCCGCCUCCACUGCCCAGCAAAACUCCACCUCCUCCCCCUCCAAAGACAACUCGCAAGCAGACAUCAGUGGACUCUGGGAUCGUGCAGUGAAAACAGCAACGCCAUCUGGAAAGAGCAAGCUGGCAUCUGUCCUCUUCCUCCACGUCUUCUGGGUCUGGCAUUUACCUCAUUGGGCCUGUGACGUCUAACAUUUAGUGCAAUUGCUUUUCCUUCAGAGGAAUCCAUUUCUAGCCACGGAGUGUGUGGCCCUUAGCAUCAUGGAGCUGGUGGUUGUGGGUCGGGAAGUGCCGUUGUCUAUCAAAGUCAGGGAUCUCUGAGUGCGUCCGUGUCUAAGAGAGCCUGUCUUGCCCAUCCUUUCUUUUUGUGCCAAAUAAGUUGUAUUUGCAAAGAGCUCAACUGAUCUGAGUUUAGCCGAGUGGGAGAGGCUAGGAUGUUACCCUUGAGAAGCUGUGUAAUGAUGUGUGAAAAUCCUUAUUUUUUCUAUAGGCCAAAACCCUAGCUGGCUUUCACGGGAUGUUUUAUCAAUCUCCUCCUUGUUGCAAUGGGUAGUGUGACUUUUUAUUGGUUCAGUCUACAUCAGACACAUAAGUUCCACCCUCUCGGGGAAGUUCCUGAUUUCCCUUGGUGUAACUUAAAAUAUGAUAUUUCUCAGCUACUGAACAGUUGCUAAUUUAUGGAGUGGAAACACCAUUAAGAAUACUGAAUCAAGUGGAAAGAUAAAUGAAUAUAGAAAGAUAAGUUUUCACUCUUUUUCGAAAAAGAUAUGUAUGCCACAAGAGAUGGUUUGAAUUGGGUGAAUUCCUUUCGUCCUCAUUCUGUACAGAAGUUUGUAUAUAUGAUGGUUCUUAGAACUUAAUUUUUGUGAUCUUUCUGUGUAUUGUAAUUGGCAUCUUCAAAUGAUUCUCAGUAUGUGUUCUUAAUUUUUAACUGCUGGAAAUGUUUAAAAAAAAAAAAACCUACAAAUUAAAAUGUUUUCUCAGAGCUCCAAAGUCCUGAAAAUGUUGGUGGACAAUGAUUUAAAAAAAAAACAAAAAAAAAACUAACUUUGUAUAACCUAAUAUUUGUAUUCUGUCAUCUAUAUUUUUUUAUUCACUAUAAUCAUGAUAUUCUUCUUGUAGGCUCAAAAGUUAAUCACUGACAAUGAAAAAUAAAAUGUUAUUUAAAAAGAC